AUCAUGUGAUAAUAAAUUCAUGGUUGCACGUUGACUGGACCACUCGGACAGGUUCUACAAUUAUCAUAUACAUCAUCUCUCCUCCAAGAUUAGAGGAAACAUAAGAAAAGUCAUUGAGUUCUGAAAUCCUCCACAGUAACUCAAGAGAUAUUAAGUGAAGGAAGUAUAGAUGGGGAGGAGCCCUUGUUGUGCUAAGGAAGGCUUGAACAGAGGUGCAUGGACUGCUCAAGAAGACAAGCUUCUUACUGAUUACAUUAAACUUCAUGGUGAAGGCAAAUGGGGAAACCUUCCAAAAAGAGCAGGUUUAAAAAGAUGUGGCAAAAGCUGCAGGCUUCGCUGGUUGAAUUAUCUGAGACCAGAUAUCAAAAGAGGAAACAUCUCCCCAGACGAGGAAGAUCUCAUCAUCAGGCUUCAUAGACUCUUGGGAAACAGAUGGUCCCUGAUAGCUGGGAGGCUUCCAGGACGAACAGAUAACGAAAUAAAGAACUACUGGAACACCAAUUUGGGAAAAAAAUUACUGAAAGAACACAAUAAAACCUUGAUUCAGAAUAAAUUGGCCUUCCCCUCACCUUCGUCACCUCCGAAAAUGGCCUCACACUUGUUUCUCACUAAGGCAUUUGAUUGCUCCAAGGUUGUUGCCUACCCACACUUACAGCUGCAUGAAAUCGAGAGAGACACUUACAAGAGUAGUGUAAAGACAAGACCACCACCAGCAUCAUCUGUAAUUGUUGGAGAAGCACAUGUGCCUUGUAAUCCCGACAAGGAAGCACCUUCAGUUGCUGGCGGAGAAAAUAAUAAUAAUAAUAAUGAUAAUGGUGAUUCAAAGGAUUUCUUUAUGGAAUUUGCAAUGGGAAAUGGAGCAGAUGCUGAUGGUUUCACCAAUUUUGAAUCAUGUGAGUUCAAUUAUUGUAACAAAAGCAACGGUGGUGAAUUUUCAACACCAUCGCCGCCUGGGCUGUUGAUCUCAGAGGAAAUGCUGCAGGAUUUAACUAUGAGGACCACCGAUUUUUUUCAGCCUCGGGAGCUUUCUUGUCUUAGUCCCUUCACUUCAUUUUUGGAUUCUGGAGGGGUAUGGCCGGAUUAGGUCGUAAUCUUAGUAUGUAAAAGCAAGUAAUUCUUAAGCACAUGCAUGCUACUGAAUGUGUAAAUAAAUAAUAUUUUUAACUAAAA